AUGAACCAGGCCCUGGAGACACGAAGGAAGCACCAGAUUCCGGUUCUCGACCUCGCGAAGCCGGUCCCAGCCGGCCCCGACGUCUACACCAACGACUUCCUCUCCCUCACCAACGACCCCGACCUUCGCCAGCUUUUCCUGGACAAGCUCAACAAAUCUCCCCGUGUCUUCGGUGUAGCAGGGUCUCGGCUACUCGGUGGCAACUCCUCCGACCACCUCGACUUCGAGACUCGUAUGGCAAGGUUUUUCGAGUCGCCUGCUGCCCUUCUCUUCAACUCCGGAUACGACGCGAACGUCGCCUUCUGGCACUCUGUACCUCAGCAGGGAGAUGUCAUUGUCCUCGAUGAACUCGUCCACGCUUCUUCGCGGGAUGGCAUGGCUAUCUCGCGCGCCAGCAAGUCACUGUACCUCUUCACCCACAACUCCCCUACGUCUUUCGAGGAGUGUGUUCUCCGUGCCAUCAAGGAACACCCGUCGAUUGCUCAGGGGAAGAACACGCUCUUUGUUGCUGUGGAGGCCACCUAUAGCAUGGAUGGCGACUUCGCCCCGCUUCCGGACAUCGUACGAGUCGUCGAAAAAUACGUCCCGAAGCAAAGCGCGCACAUCCUCGUUGACGAGGCACACUCCACCGGUGUCUUUGGACCGCAAGGUCGGGGCCUUGUGCACCACCUCGGGCUGCAGGAUCGCAUCCACACUGUCCUCCACACGUUCGGAAAGGGGCGCGCACUCACUGGUGCCGUCUUCGUGACCUCCCCUAUCAUCAGGCAAUACGUGAUCAACUAUGGCCGUCCCUUCAUUUACACCACUGCUCUCCCCAUCUCCCUCAUCUGUGGCCUGAAUGCAUCGUUCGAUUACCUCGAGGGUCCCGUGGGCGACCACCGUCGGUCUGAGCUGCGCCGACUCUGCGAGUACUUCCGGGCCGCGUUGGAGGAGGCUCUGAAGCCCUUCCCGUCCAACCUGCUCUCCCUCCGCGACCGGACGCUCCCUGCCGGCUACCCCUCGGACAUUAUCAGCCCCAUCACGCCCAUCAUGACCAGCUACCCGAUGCAGCUCUCCGACUUCCUCAACUCCCUCGGCUACGCGGUGCAGGGCAUCCCUUACCCCGUUGUUCCGCGCGGUGAGGAACGCAUCCGGAUCUCCGUCCACGCGCUGCACACCGAGGCGGAGCUCGACGCCCUCGUCGUGCGUCUCACGCAGUGGGGAACUAUGAUGCAGACCAUGGCGUCCCAGGUGCAGGCACGCCAGCUGCAGAUGCAGUCUAGGCUUUGA